GCCAGCCGUCUCGGGUUUGCUUCCCUACUCUUUCAUCUUCUCGUUCGCAAAAAUGAAGCACCCAAACCGCUGUCUACUAAGUACGAUCUUGUGCUUCUCGUUUCGUCAUCCAUUGUGUACAAGUCCGCCGUCUUCCCGUUCGCGAAAAAAGUUCGAUCCUUUGCACUUCCACUUCUGCCAUCCACUGUGUAUGGGUCUUCUGCCUUGCCAUUAGCAAAAAAAGUCCCUUGCACUUCUGCUUUCGUCGUCGAUGAGCCUAAACUUUCGUCUGUCGUCCACUAUGUGAGCCUAAACCGUCCUUGAAAAAGAACACAUUUUGUACGUUCAAGUUUCUUCACCAGAAAACGUCAAAAAGGAGCCUGACUUGCUAUGUACGAGCCUAACCACUCAGUCCUUUGGCGAACGUCAAGUUUCUUCAUCGAUCUCAUUGAGCUUGGAACUCGCAAGUCACAAGAUCAUUUAGAGACUUCAAAUAUUGGUAAAUCAUUGUCCAUGGGAGUUCCCUUCAAACCUGAACAAGAACUUCUACAACAAACUUAUCGAUAUGUCUUAGAAAAUACAAUUGAUGUCCAACCACAUACGGAAAUAUAUGAAGGCUUUGCAACUACAAUAUCCUAUAAGUCUAAAAAUCAGAAAUGGCUUCAAGAGGAACAUAAUCAAACUUUACAUUGGUUACGAGAAGAGGUAUCAACUGAGCUUGAACUUGGAAAUACUGAAGUCUCAAAUAACUUAAGUGUUUGCUUCAUACGCCUCAUGGACGAUUUGAAUGAAGAACUUGGUGUUGGUGAGUUGAAUGCAACAUUUGGAAUUGAGGAUGAGAAAAAAGAGAUUGGUAUUGGAAAUGAAACCUUAAAAUAGAUGAAGAGACCACAAGGACUUACUAUUAUGUUUAAUGUAACUCAUAUUAGAAGUUUGGAAGAGAAGAAGGUAGUGAGGUACAAUGAAGACGUAGUAUUUAUUGGUGAGAACGAAGCCAAGCCAAAGUCUUUCAUGGGGUCUCCAACACAUUAUCAUGUCCCUAUCACAUAUACGUCUUGAAAAAGUGUGCCUGUAGAACUGAAAGAUAAGAUAUUCACUACAGUUGAGGUAUAUAUAAUUUUCGUAUGCUUAUAUCGAUAAUGUUAUUGAUGGACGGACACUUUACUAA